AGAUCAAUGAAAAAACUUGGAGAUUUGACAAAAUCUUUAGCAGCAAAAAACUUGGAAAUUGAAGCACUGCCCAAAAAUCUCUGAAAAAUAGUCAAGGCGUUGGUACUACAUACACCAGAUGGGGUCGAACAACAUGUCCUAGUAACAAUACAGAACUCGUCUACUCUGGAUACAUGGCAAGCAGCGCCUACACAAUAUCAGGAGGAGGUGCAGAGUUCCUAUGCCUAACACCUGAUCCACAAUGGAGUCAUUAUGAUGAAUCUAUUGGUUACACAAAGUUAUCUGGAGUUGAGUAUGAAUUCUACGAACACACUGCAGAUGGCGCUGCCAAAUUCUUCGGCCAUAACGUUUACAACGAGGACGCUGUAUGUGCGGUUUGUCACAGUCACCGUAGCUCAAGUUUAAUGAUGCCUGGAAGGACCGAUUGCUACACUGGUUGGACUAAAGAGUACAGUGGCUAUCUUGUUAGUGAAUAUGAUGGUGCUACACACGAAUCAAACUACAUUUGUUUAGAUGGGAAUCCAGAGUCUGUGGUUGGAGGAAAGACAAAUGAUGAUGAAGGCCUUUUGUACUUUGUUGAAGCAUCUUGUGGUAAAAGCUUAGAGUGUCCACCUUAUAUCAACGGUAGAGAAUUAACAUGCGUUGUUUGUACAAAAUAAUAAACGUAGUUCAGUCUC